GAGGGAAGCGAGUCCACUGCUCACCGGGGGUUCGCCGGUUACCGGGAGGGAGCGCAACGGACGCACGGACAGACGAGUCGCGACCGACACCUCUGCCAGCCGAGACAUGUCUGCCCCGGGACGAACCGGCGAUGGCCUCGUCAAGGUGAUAAACCCUCACCUGGCCUCAUUGCAGGAUGACGUCCUCUACCACUUCGGCCUGGCCACCAAAUCCCACGACCUCCCGGCCAUGUUUGGGGACCUCAAGUUUGUGUGCGUGGGUGGCAGCGCGUGGCGGAUGCUGGCCUUCGCGCGUUACAUCGCCAAGGAGUUGGAGCUGCCGGACCAGGGAGAUGGGCCCACCAACCUGUGCGAGGCCACGGACCGAUACUGCAUGUACAAAGUGGGGCCCGUGCUGUCCGUGAGCCACGGCAUGGGCGUUCCAUCUAUCGGCAUCAUGCUGCACGAGCUCAUCAAGCUGCUGUUCCACGCCAAGAGCCGCAACGUGCGAAUCUUCCGCAUCGGCACGUCCGGCGGCAUCGGGCUGGAGCCAGGCUCCGUGGUGGUGUCGCGCACCGCCGUGGACGAGCAGUUCCGCCCCGAGUUCCGCCAGGUGGUGCUGGGCGAGGUGGUGACGCGUGACUCCGAGCUGGACGCCGAGCUGGCGCACGAGCUGCUGCAGUGCGCCAAGGACUUCGCCGACGAGUUCCCCACCAUCGUGGGCGACACCAUGUGCACAAACGACUUCUAUGAGGGUCAGGGUCGACUGGAUGGGGCACUGUGCUGCUACACGUCGGCGCAGAAGCUCGAGUAUCUGAAGCGCGCCUAUUCGGCCGGCGUGCGAAACAUCGAGAUGGAGUCGUCCAUCUUCGCCGCCAUGUGCAAGCUCUGCAGCAUCCGCGCUGCCGUGGUGUGCGUCACGCUGCUGGACCGCCUGGAAGGGGACCAGAUCAGCAGUCCCCACGCCGUGCUCUCCGACUACCAGGAGCGGCCGCAGCGACUCGUGUCGCGCUACAUCCGCAAUCAGCUGUCCAGUGCGAGCGGCCGAGUGCAUGGCCUCCGAGGGCCCGGCUCCAAAAGCAGCAACGAGGCCACGGCUCUUUGAGUCUCCACUCUGACCGGUCACUGUCUCAGCAGCGUCACCCUUUACCCGAGGACUCUGCUGCAAGUUCAACCCUUUACACCUAGAAUGUUGAUGCUAGUUCUACCCUCUACCCUAGAACUCGACCUCCCUGCCAACUCUGCACCCAGCACGCCCCACCUUGCAGCACUCUACCUCGAACCUGAUUCCCAAACCCAGCUCUCCAUAACACCAUCCGAUACCUCCUAUGUCCCGACUCUCCACCCCUGAACAUCCCACCCCGACUCUCCACCCCUGCACUCACUCACCCACUUCUCUUCAACUCUCUACCUCUUCACUCACUCCCCCUACAUCCCGACUCUCCACCCCUGCUCCCACUCCACCCCGACUCUCAUCAAUGCACCCACUCCACCCUGACUCUCCACCCCUGCUCCCACUCUCACACUCCACCCCGCAACCUCUCAUGACUCAUGUGGCCCAGCCUGUAUCCGUAUCACUCGUGAGUUCCUGUGCACGAAUAACUUCAAGGCGGGGGAGCGGGGGGCUCCCUUUGUUGUGGGUGCAGGUUACGCAGCAGUUACCCCGUGGUUACCAUGUGGUUUCCCCAUGUGCUGUACGCUCGUAGUGUGUCGAAGACUGUUCAACGUGUUUUGUCUGUUCAAGUGUCACUGUUGAAGCGUACAAACAAGAGUUUGCUCGUUCGUUUAGUAUUUAUACUCAAAUUAGUUAUGUGCAUUUCAUUUGACAGUGUACGUACUCAGGCGCCGUAUGCUGAACUUAAUACGUCACAAAGAGUGUUACUGUGUGUACACGUCUAUGUAUGUGUACACGUGUUAGGGUUUCACUGUGUGUACACGUGUAUAGAUCACGAUAGCGAUGGAUACUGGUGUUGUAGCUAGCGUCUAGGACAUAUCAUAGAGAUGAAUGCAAGAGUUGUAUUUUCAUUUGCGAAAAACACAACACAUUCGUCAAUAACACCUUGGCCGUAAAAAUGACUACUAUAAUAAGCCAAAAAUGUGUUUGUCCCACGCAUGACGUCACUCCACGAGGCCCACCUCCCCCGCGUGACGUCACUCUACAUGAGGCCCACCCCCCCUCAUUAAUAUUCAUGAGUGGGUGGAUAUUUACACUAACGCAGAGGAAGGUCGAGCUGAAUUAAAUAAUUUAUUACGCAAAGUCACUUCAAAUAUGACGUUUCUUUACAGAAAGUGACGAUGAAAAAUUAAUAUACGCAGCACACUGCUACAUCCGUGUGUGACGUCACUGCAAAAGAGGUCCCUCCUAUAAUUAAUAAUCAGUAUUUUUACACUCCCGCAGAAGGUCGAGUGGAAAGAAAUCUUACGCAAAUUCGCUUUAAAUUUGAUGUUUCUUUAUUGAAAAAGUGAAUCCAAUAAAUAUUUCUACGCAGCAACAAAGUGUGGUGU